AUGUUUCUGACGAUUGUGUAUUCUAUAAUUGUCUUUAUUUUUGUAAUUUGUAUUUCUUUACGAAUAUACUCUAGAUAUAUUCUUUUUCGGUGCAAGAGCAAUAUUUGCCUUGAAGGUAAAACUGCUAUUGUUACAGGUGGAAGUUUAGGUAUUGGUUACCAUAUUGUUUGCAACCUAGCAUCAAGAGGCUGUAAAAUAAUAGUAGCUGACAAAGUUAUUACCGAUGAUGUAAAAGACGCCAUUUACAAAGAAACUAACAGCAAGAAAAUUACAUACGAGUAUGUCGACCUUGCAUCAUUCAAAUCGGUCCGAGAAUUCGCAGAAAGAAUCAAUUCAACAGAAGAAAAACUGGAUAUUUUAAUACACAAUGCUGGCAUUGGAAAAAGUUUUGGGACUUUAUCAGAAGAUGGAUUGAACGUACCUAUGCAAAUCAAUUAUUAUAGUGCUUUUUUGAUGACCCACCUACUUAUAGAUAUAAUGAAAAAAUCUCCAGCAGCUAGACUAAUCUUCGCUGGUUCUGCUUUUUCUUUCUUCAAUACAAUUUCGAUAAACAAAAAUAAUCCAGACGAUAUUAAUUUAGGCACAAUGCAACUGGACUAUCAUACUUCCAAAUUCUGCGUAAUAGCGGCAUCUGAUAUAUUCAGUGCAAAACUGAAAGAAUACAAUAUUAUGUCAAAUUCCUAUCAUCCUGGAGUAGUAAGGACGAGAAUGAUAAAUCAAUUUAAAGGAGAAGGAAUGACAUUGUUUGAAGCUUUUAUAGGACGUUUUUUGAGUUUUAUAUCUUUUUUGAUAGGGAAAAGUCCUGAGGAAGGCGCUCAAAUAGCAUUACAUUUAGCCUGCUCCAGGGAAAUGGAAGGGGUAACAGGAAACUUUUUUGGGGAAGGAAAUUCUCGCUUCAAACCGAUACAAGCUUACAACAAGAAACUUUGCCAGCUUUUGUGGAGUCACUCGGAAAAAAUUGUUAAAUUAACGCCAGAAGAAAUUUUAUCGUAG